UUGUUUUUGCUCGACAGCUGUGCUGCGCCCGUCUCGUGCGCUCAUUAACAAACAAAAAAACAGUCACGCGCUAAAGAGGGUUAAUUAAACUCUAGAUACAUAUAUUCAGGAUAUAUAAUAUAUAGAGAUAUAUAUUUAACAUUUCGUGUUCAUUGCGACCUUUCCUGCUGCAUCGAGCGAGAAAAGAGCCCCGGAAACAUGAAAUGGAUGUUCAAAGAGGAUCACUCCUUGGAACAUCGAUGCAUAGAAUCGGCCAAAAUCCGCAACAAGUACCCUGACCGCGUCCCGGUGAUCGUGGAGAAGGUGUCGGGCUCUCAGAUCGUGGACAUCGACAAGAGGAAGUACCUGGUGCCCUCUGACAUCACCGUGGCCCAGUUCAUGUGGAUCAUCAGGAAGCGCAUCCAGCUGCCCUCGGAGAAGGCCAUCUUCCUGUUUGUGGACAAGACGGUGCCCCAGUCCAGCAUCACGAUGGGGCAGCUGUACGAGAAGGAGAAGGACGAGGACGGCUUUUUAUACGUGGCCUUCAGCGGCGAGAACACCUUUGGUUUGUGAAGGAGACGCCACACCUCCCCCUCUCCCUCCUCCGCCUCCUCUUCCUCCUCGUCUAAUCACAGCCCUCACCUGGAGGAACCGCGGGGAAACCCCCGAGAUUCAGAGACAUGAAGGUACCCGAGAGGCGGGGCUCACCUGGCUGGACGCUCACCAGGUGGUUCUGGCCCACGUUGCACCAGUUCUUCAAAGAUCCAUAGAUUCACUUGUGUAUAGUGUUAUAUUUGAAUUAUUAUUGUUAUUAUUGUUUGUUGUUGAUUUGGUUUGAGUGUUUUUAGAAGGAACUUUGAUUUUUUUGUCUUUUUUUCCCACAUUUUAAAGGAUAUGCGUGAAUGAAUGCUUGUAGCUAUGCUUUCCUCCUCGAAGACGAUAUUUAAAAAGAUUAAUUUUAAUAUUUGAAAUUAAAUUAGAAUGAACUAUAACCAAUAAAAAAGCUUAAAAUGAAA